GUCCAUAUCCUUCCAAGACAACAUAUAUAAUAAGAUCACGAAACAAUCCCCCACUACCCAAUUACUUCCUCUCUUUCAGCGGGAUGAGAGGGACGACACGCGCGUGCGUACACAAUGCCCCCGAAUAGCUUACCCCUGCACCCUGCACCUGCACUCACCCACUCCGUACUUUAUAGCCACACUCGCUGCAAAACUUGAUGCACAGAGGAAGCCAAGCAAGCAACAACAAUGACGCCAGAAAUCACCAGCCAAACACAUUCGCCUAACUGCCGCUUUUACACCGUCAGCUUCUUCGGCAGUCCCAUUUCCGUCACCGUCACUUCUUCUGCUUCCGUCGUGCGGAAAUGGCUCAGCACUACUAUUUUCCACCGCCGGCACUACGUCGGACGCCUUGUUGUCUGCGUCGGCGUGCAGUGGAAUCCAUUUAAAAGCGACUGCCUUAGUGCCGACACUCUUCAACUCUGCGUAGGCGGGCAUUGCUUAAUCUUCAAGCUGUCUUUAGCGACGAGGGUUCCGCGGCUUCUUCGGCGCUUUCUACUGGACACGAGGAACACGCUUGUUGGGUUAUGGAAUGGCUCUGAUGAGAAAAUGCUGCGCAACUGUGAUCAUGGGUUGCUGGUCCAUAGGCUAGUGGAUUUAAGGAGGUAUGUGGAGAAUGAGGAUGGAAAGAGUCUCAGUAACGCUUCAGUGGAGAAUAUUGUAGAGGAGUGUUUGGGGUAUGAAGGAUUUAGAUUGGAGAAGGAUAUAAGUAUGAGUGAUUGGGAUGAUGUGGUUCUUUCUAAUGAUCAGGUUUUGCAGGCUAGUGUUGAUGCUCAUGUUGCUUUUAGGAUUGGCAAGGAAUUGCGUGGUUGGGAGCUGUGAAGCAGAGAAAAAAAGAGGAGAAGAGAAGGUUUUUUGGGUUUUAUUUAUGCAGACAUGACCAUGGAGCCUUCUUUUUAUUUUUUGCCUUUACUGUUUUGGGAAUGUUGAUUUUGGUGUAGUUAUGGAGGAAGGUUCAGCCAUUUUGGAGAUGUAAGUAACUAAGUAAAAUGGGUGAUUUUGAGAAUCCAUUUAGAUAGAGCUCUAGUUUCUUUUAACUGAAAUUUUCAUCUCUGGAUUCUGAUUAGGGCUGUAUAUAACUCGGUUUUGAUUAUGAGUUUUAAUGCUAAUGUUUGUUUAUAUAUAGUUA